AUGGCGGCCGCCAUGCCAGCGACACCGACCACGCCGCCGGCGACGACGAUGCCGCUGCCGAGCUACCAGGUGUCCGGCGCCGGCGCCGGCGCCGCCGCCCCGCGGCACGCCGGCGUCUCCGCGGGAUCGUCGAUCGGCGCCUUCUUCGGCGUGCUGGCCGCGGUGCUCGUGCUCGCCGCGCUCUCCUGCGUCUUCGGCCGGGUGUGCGCGGCGCAAGCCGAGCGGCCCGACGAGUCCUACGACUGCUCCAGGCUGGCGCUCUGGCGGCGCCGGCGCGCGCCGCGGCGGCGGCCGCCUCCGGCUGCGGAGGCCAAGCAGCAGCCGGCCCCGGAGGGGCCGCCGCCGCCUGAGCCGUGA